GAACAUUUGCCUGUUCAGGGGGCUUUAUUAGGAUCAGAACAAAUUUCCCAACAACUAGUGUUUUAAGUUUCAGUAAAGUUUCAAGUUACCUUUUAGGACCAAGAUGCCUUUCUUAGAGACAUUCAAUCUUUAAGAAGGUGAAAGGUAAAAUGGAGUUUCAAGAUUAGCACAAGCAGUUGCAGUAGAGAGGAAGUUACACAUACAAAUAAUUCUGUUGAAAAUUAAAAGGGAAUAAAGGAAACUUUGAUCAAUAAAUCAAAGAUGUGGGAUUUUACAAAUUUUCCCCUUCAGCUUACAUUACUUACAUUUGUCUCCAUGGCAACACUGAAACACAUAUCAACACAGAACUGCCCAAAACAUUGCCAAUGUUACCAUGCAACAGUUGCUUGCACUGGAGUGCCAUCUAUACCAAUAUUACCAGAUGGGACUGAAAAACUCCUCAUGUUUGACUGCACAAUAAGGACAGUAAACAACGAAACAUUUCAAGGUCUUCCAAGAAAUAUAACAAGUGUUAUAUUGAAGAAUCUUAAUGCACCAGACCAUGAAGGAACUGUAUUUAUAGAAUACAGGGCAUUUACAGGCUUGGAAAACAUCCAGGAAUUAGAGAUGUCACAAAUGAGUCUCCAGUUGUAUGAGGCACAUGAAGCCUUCUACCCAUUGUGGAAUCUACACCUGUUGAACAUGAGUGACAACAACCUUGUGAACAAAGAUGUCUUCCCCAUGCUUUACAACAUCUCACAUUUAGAGACACUUGACUUGAGCCACAACUGGAUCACAAGCCUACAACCAAACAUAGCAACAAAACUGCUCCAAUUGAGGCAUCUGAAUCUAAAUGGGAACCAAUUUAAAUCCCUAGAGGCCAUCACACAGGGCGUUUACUUAGCAACAAAAUUGCAGUUUUUGGAUAUUGGAUCUGCAUUGAAUAUGCAACACCAAGUUAUCUUCAAACUCAAUGCACUCAAAUACUUCACUCAACUUGAAACGUUGAUACUCAACGGGAAUUAUCUCAAUUAUCUUGAAAAUGAUUUUUUCGAAAAUUGCAGCCAAUCAUUAUCAAGAAUUUAUUUUCGAGGUUGUUAUAUUUUAAGAAUUGACACAAAUGUGUUUGAGAAAAUAUCCCCCAUUGAAUUGCUAGACUUUAGUGAAUCUUUGGUUCCCAUUGAAAUUGUACUUAAUUCUCUGAAGAACGUGAAUAUUUCAGAAUUGAUAUUUCAAAAUUACUUUAAUUACCAUGAAAUGGAAAUAACACUCGAGUUAAUGGCAUUACUAGAGAAGUCAGGAGUGAGGAAGAUUGAUUUCUCAGGUGGGGCGGUUAAAACCAUUGGGCAACUUGCAUUCUCACCACUAGUACAUCUAACAGAGUUACAUAUGCAAAGAAACAGCAUCCACUUUAUAGGGAAAGAUGCAUUUAAAGGACUGAUAAAAUUAAAGAUCUUAUACUUGCAAAAUAACCAUCUUAGUGUAUUACCAGAAGGUAUAUUUUCAGAUUUAUAUUCUUUGACGUUACUUAAAUUGAACAGCAACAAUUUACUAGGAGUUGAUGAAAAUCUAUUUCUUCAUUCAACAUUGUUGGAAGAAUUAGAUUUGUCUGACAACAGCAUUGCAGAUAUGCCAGAUAAUUUGCUCUCUGGGUUGUUGAACAUGAAUAUUUUAAGCCUCGCAAAAUCAUUAAAAUCAAUGAAACAAACAAAAUGGAGAGAUCAAUUGCUUGGAAUGAGGAAGCUACAAAAAUUGAAUUUACGAGGUAACGGAAUUACAACGCUUGAUGUUGACAGUUUUCAGAACUUAGAAUCAUUGAGUUAUUUGGAUAUUUCUGGAAAUAGACUACAAACUAUACCAGUUGGUAUAUUUGAUACUGCAAGGACAGAAUUAAGGGUUAUAUAUGCCCAGAACAAUCUUAUUACAACUCUAGAUGCUAGGCUUUUCAAACAACUUCAUCUUACCAAUUUGGAUAUCUCAGUAAAUCCUUUCAACUGUGAAUGCAAACUUGCAGGUCUUGCAGAAUGGAUUUUCAACAACAGUAUUAUCCUGAAUUCAACCCAUACAAAGUGCUUCACUCCACAAUCUUUAAGAAACACUCCUCUGUACCGUUAUGCAAAUCAAACAGCAAAUUGUAAUAUUCCACACGGUUACACAUUACCAGCAGGAUACAUUGUACUAUUUGUUCUUUUGAUACUGGUUGCUAUGGUAACAACAGGGGCUACAUACUUGAAGUGUAAAAGACGUCAAUCAGAAGCAAGGAUUGAAUAUGGAGCCAUUAAUACUGAUGAAUAGUAACCUCAUAACUUACAAAACUAAUUUGUUUGUAUAUAGUUGUAAUUUUGACACUUUUGUGAUUUUACAUAAUAGUUUUUUCAAUUCAUGGAUCGAAUAUUAUACAUAGUACUAUAUAUGAAUAUUAUUUUAUAUAUAAAUCAGAUCAGAAAUUGUAAGAUUUGAAACAAAAUUACAAAUUGUUGAGAAACCUUAAAAGAGUUAACAACCCAUCAAAAUAUGUUUUUCAUAUAAAAUAUUGUCAAUUUUUUAAAAAUAUAAACAGCAAAUGUAGCACAACAAACCCAGUGAUCAUUUUUCUGUUGA